AUGUCUUCAUUAGGCCCAUUUACCUGUCUAGCUGAUUCCGACAAUUCUCCUCUUGAACGUGGUAUCCCACUCAACUCUGGAUCUCUUAUGACGUCUGCACCGCAGCAUGUCUCGGUCUUGCCUUCAACUCCCACAAGUGUUAAAAUAAUAUCUACUCCUCUUACUAAUUCUGCACAAUUACCCCAAACGCAGCAUAUCACGGUAUGCGGGACAUCUCUUAGUGACACCAAUGUGCCUGUCGUCUCCGCAGGAGACACGGACUCCGGAUUAUGCACUUUAGCUCAACCGCGGGUAAAUUCAAUUCCGCUCCUUAGUCUAUCGCCUUCCUUAUUUGGACAACUACUUUCCAGCCUUAUUCCCCAGCCUGAUCAACCCAAUCCCGAGCUCGUUGCAACUUCCAUAGCAUCCUCGACGCAUACCUCUUUGUUUCCUGGAUAUCUCCCUACUUCCUGUCUUCAUCAGGCUGCCACUACAGCCAACGCCAUUCCUGCCUCUUCCGGAACUGCUAUCAUUGUAUCAAAUCCUGCUCUCCCUGGACAAACACCAUCUCCUUCUGAUGUUACGAAUGCCCCUCAUGACGCUAUGGCUAUGACGACCAGACAAUUGGUCUGGCAGGCGGCUAGGCAUGACGGUUUGACUACAACAUCAAUACCUACCAACUCGAUCCGUCCCCUUACUCAUGCACCUGCACAAAUCAUGAAUUCCAAGGUUUCGGCCAAGGUCGCCGAUAGUCAGCCAGUACUCAAACUGCCGCCCAAUUCAUUGGUUUUACUAGUUGAUGGCACUAAUUAUGGUGUGCUCCUUCGAGUGGCAUUCAUGAAAACCCUUCACACUCCACACUGUCGUUAUCACACUAUUCACCCUUGUGCUGAGAAUGUUGACCAGAGUCUGUCAUAUUGUUACGUGGUCCUUACCUGGGUCCUAUCAAAGUCUCCCUCUCGCCCCGUAGAAUCCGUCUGCUAUCUCUCUGGUACACGUAUUUUACUCGAUCCCUGUCCACCCAUCGACGAUCCUCUGCACUUGGGCGAUUAA